UAACAUUGGAUUGCGGGGAAAGAGCGCCGCUAAUGAAGGAUUAGAGGCGCCAUAGGGCCCCACGGUGACUUUCAAUGCAACUAUUGUGUCUUGUCUACAGGCUGUUGCAAAAGCCGUAAUCAAAUUCCCCAAGCCUCCGAGCGUCCGACCGACAUUACUGGGCAGAAGCAAGCUCUGACAUCUCUAUGCGACGGCGCGGUGCAAGGGGUACCGAGAAAGGUACACCGAGAAGGGAAACAAAAUAGAAUCAAUAUGGUGUGAGGUAUUCUGGUCGCAGGAACCAUUUGUCGUUGUGUAGCAAUAGCGACCAGUACUACAUUACUCACCUGGCAGCCAAUCGUCUUCAUAUUUCCUGAUAUUAACCAUCAAAGCCGGGUGCAGCGCAAGUUCGGCACUUCAUACUCUUCUCCAAGCGCCAAAAUGGGGUUUCACGCUCUAGACUAACUAAUAUGAUUGGUUUGACGGCAAGACACCCUAUAACAAUGUUGUUGUCUAGGUCGGGGAUGGAGGGAAGAUCGUCAACCAAGCAAACGAACAGUAUACUUUCCAAGCCACGAUUGACCAUGCAUGAUACUUCAAGAUACUUUCAGACCAUUACGGUCGCUCUCCUUUUGCUUGGAACACAAUUAAUCACUGCGUUGAGAAUCGCGGGCGCUUUCUCUGUUAUUGAAUAUAAUCCCCUGCUCAUCGCCAGUCAGGAUUACUAUAAAGGUAGUGCACAAGUCGUCAACGGCGGCGUGGCCGACCUCUUCGGCGGUUCCAACAUCGACCUCGCAGGCAACGCCGAGACUCAGGCGCUACGACAGUACGCCACCCACAAAAACCUGCGGAUCAUCUACACAGUUGUAGAGGUGGCGUACCGCCUAGCAGCGAGCAAGAAGGCCGGCAUCGUCCUGCCCGCGAGCCUCAAGGGGAAGAAGAUCGGCACCAUCCCCGGCACAUCGGCCGCCUACUUCGUGCAGCGCUAUCUCGCCAGCCAGGGCGGUUUGCGUGAUACCGACUACACGACGGUCUCGGGCAGCAACUGCAACGCGCGCCCGUGCGGCUCGGGGACCCUGCCCUACAUGCUCGCUCGCGGAUCCGUCGACGCGGUCGGCAUGUGGGAGCCGACGCUCGAGCUGGCGAUCGAGGGGCUCGGGUCCACCGACACUGCCGUGGUGUUCCAGAACGCGUCCGUAUACCGCGAGAUUUACAACCUGUACACGACGGCCGAGAAGCUGAGGGACCCCGGCACGCGCAGGGAUAUCGUCGCGUACCUGCGAGCGCUCGACCAGACGGCCCAAUUGUUUGCCAAUCGCUCCGAGACCGUCAUCCCUCGUGUCGCCAAGACGAUGAACAUGGAUGAGACCCUCGUCAAGGACGUCUGGCCUGUCCAUGACUGGAAGGGUGGGCUAGCGCCUGAUUUGCUCGACGUGCUUGUAGCCGAAGACCAAUGGGUGGCUAAGGUCGAUGGGCGAAAGGCUGUUUCUAGGGCUGACCUGGCGAUCAUCGUUGACCAGAGUGUUCUCCAGGAGGCUAGGUCUAAUUCGAGCACGGUGUAGUAUGAGGUAAUCAACAAUACCAAUGAUACAAAUACAUCGCCCUUUCAAAAACUGCUUGAGAAGCUGUGCCUUCAACUCUAGGUGAUAUAAAGACUACCGAAUUAUCACAACCAUCUUUCCAUGGAAA